AUGAAGUGCGCAAAUUUUCAAGUUAUCAAGUGGUCUUGCAGAAAUGGAGGGCCAAGAGUGGCCGAAAUAUCGUGUUGGAUAUUAGUUCUGUUGAUUAUUUGUUCACGGCGAACUCACUCGUUGACAUUUGAUAAUACAACGAAUCUUUUUGUCCAAAAAUGCCAAAUGGAAUGCAACUUGCACAAAGAUUUUACAACCUGCGGGAAAUACAAAGUUGUGAGGUGGUUGAAUACAAUAGUUAGAGAAAAGGAAUUUAAUUACGGGCCGUUUCGAAUAAUAAGGAUACCAUCAAUACACAAGCAAUCCUUUUUGCCCUAUUUACCACGUUCUCGAGCAUUUAAGAGCAGUAUAACGGAAACCCUGAACUUUAUUAGGGAUAGUGUAGAAGAUUUAUUGACAAAACGUGCCAUUGUAUAUACAAUAGACAAUUCAGCAGUUACCAGAGGCUUUCCGUCGAGUUUGAUGUUAGUAGACGAAGAUGAACUUACGCAGAUGAAAGAUAAAGAAAAAGUGGAAGAUGAUUGGCGAAUUUUUAGAAAGAAGAAGAAGUCUAUAAUCUUUCCGAUUCUUAUAAUAUUAAAUUUAAUAAAGCUAAAACUAUUACUAGUACCAAUUAUCCUAGGAGUUCACUUUAUCAAAAAGAUUCUCGUAUUUGGAUCGAUACUUUUAACAUCGAUAUUGGCGCAUUUAAAAGUUUGCAAAUUACAAGGUGGUCAAUACGGUGGUGCGCACCAUUCGCAUCCUUUUAACUUCUGGUCCACUGCAGUAGAAUCAAAUGACUAUCCAACGGGAUAUGGACAAGACGACACUAAUUGGCACAGAAACGAUUACCAGUUAGGUUAUACGAAUUAUCAGUUGUUUCGUAAUCCUUACGGGUGA